CUCACCGAUUUCCAUGGCUGAAACAAAUGCCCAAAACCAAGCAUUGAAUUAAACUACCUUCUUCAUUUUGUACUGUCACCAUGCCGGAAUUCGACGGCGGCGACCCUUCACCGGAGGGGAUUCUGUUCGGAAAAUAUGAACUCGGGAAGCUUUUAGGCCGUGGAGCCUUCGCGAAGGUCUACCAUGGCAGAAACGUUCAUACAGGAAAAAGCGUUGCGAUUAAAGCUGUUAACAAACUCAAGGUCUUAAAUGGCGGUUUCACGGCGCACGUUAAGAGAGAAAUUGAUAUCAUGCGCCGCCUCCGCCAUCCCAACGUCGUUCGUCUUUUCGAAGUUCUUGCAACGAAGACGAAGAUUUAUUUCGUAAUGGAAUUCGCCAAAGGCGGAGAGCUUUUCACGAAGGUUUCCAAAGGACGAUUCAGUGAGAAUCUCAGCCGUCGAUAUUUUCAGCAAUUGAUUACCGCCGUUGGAUACUGUCAUUCCAGAGGAAUUUUUCAUCGCGAUUUGAAACCGGAAAAUCUCCUUCUCGAUGAAAAUUUCGAUCUCAGAGUUUCGGAUUUCGGACUCGGUGCUUUAACGGAUCAGAUUCGACCCGACGGAUUGCUUCAUACACUCUGUGGAACUCCGGCGUACGUCGCGCCGGAGAUUCUCGCGAAGAAAGGCUACGACGGCGCGAAGAUCGACGUCUGGUCUUGCGGUAUAAUCCUCUAUGUUCUUACUGCCGGAUUUCUUCCGUUUAAUGAUUCCAAUUUAAUGGCGAUGUAUCGGAAGAUUUACAGAGGCGAUUUCCGGUGUCCGAAAUGGACGUCGCCAGAUCUCCGGCGGUUUUUAUCGCGGCUUUUGGAUACGAAUCCGGAGACGAGGAUCACCGUCGAUGAGAUUCAUCAAGAUCCGUGGUUCAGAAAGGGAUUUCAAGAGGAGAAGAUUCAAUUCGAGGAUUAUUCGGUUUCAGAGCUUUACGGCGAUAUGAACAAUGCGAAAUGUUUGAAUGCUUUUGAUUUAAUUUCGUUCUCUCUUUGCUUCGAUUCAACUGGAUUGAUCAACGAGACGGAAUUUUCGUCCGAUGUUGAGAGGUUUCUCUCCGCCGAAUCGCCGGAGAAGAUCAUAAUGACGGUGGAGGAGGUUUCGAAGUCGGAAAAUGCGGCGGUGGAGAAGAACGGUUGGGGAGCUAGAGUGGAAGGGCACGACGGCGGAUUCGUCGCCGUUAUAGAGAUUUUCCGGCUGACGGAGGAAUUAGUGGUGGUUGAGAUCAAAAACAGAGUGAGGGAAAUCGAUCAAAUUUGGAAAGAAAAAUUAAGACCUCAACUCGAUUGUUUGAUCUACCAGUCGGAAUAAUAGAUUCCGGCUUCCGGGAUUUGACCGGAAUCUGAUCGACGACGACGGUGCAGUCGACUGCCGGGUUUCCUGUAAACGGUUUCUUUUUUCCCGGGUUUUUUUAAUUUUUUUUUUUCCUUUAAUUUCUCUUAAUGGGCAUUUUUGUAAAUACACUAACUUUCAUGCUUUAUACAUUUUUACUUUUUAUAUA